AUGCCUGGCUUUAUUGUUGGAAAAAAGAGAUUUAUUAAGUCAAAUAUGUGUUUCACCGAUUUGGUCAAUCAUAAAUCAACUCACACACGAAGCAAAAGCAAUCAUAGUUUAACCGGUGAGACUAUGGAGAAAGAUUAUAGCUCGAUUCUACCUGGGCUGCCUGAUGAUGUUGCAAAACAUUGUCUUGCACUUGUUCCUCGUUCCAACUUCCCGGCCAUGGGUGGUGUCUGUAAGAAAUGGAGGUUGUUUAUUCGAAGCAAAGAAUUUGUAAUGGUGCGAAAAUUGGCAGGAUUGCUUGAGGAAUGGCUCUAUUUCUUGACUAUGGACAGUGAAGGAAAGGAAACCCAUUGGGAGGUCAUCGAUAAUCUCAAUCAUAAAUGUGUAUCCCUUCCACCGAUGCCUAGUCCAGGAAAGGCUUCGUUUGGGGUUGUGGUUCUUAAUGGAAAACUUCUUGUCAUGGCUGGUUAUUCAGCUGUUGAAGGAACUGCCGUUGCCUCGUCAGAGGUUUACCAAUAUGACUCUUACCUUAACAGUUGGAGCAGAUUAUCAAACAUGAAUGUGGCUCGUUAUGACUUUGCUUGUGCUGAAGUGAACGGCUUGGUUUAUAUUGCUGGAGGUUAUGGAGUGAACGGUGACAGUCUCUCCAGUGUUGAGAUGUAUGAUCCAGAUACUGAUAAAUGGGUCCUGAUAGAGAGUCUUCGUCGCCCAAGGUGGGGUUGCUUUGCUUGUGGAUUAGAAGGUAAGCUCUAUGUCAUGGGUGGAAGGUCAAGCUUUACUAUUGGAAACUCCAAGUCUGUCGAUAUAUAUAACCCCGAGAACCACAGCUGGUGCGACAUUAAGAAUGGCUGUGUUAUGGUCACUGCUCACGCAGUAUUGGAAAAGAAGUUGUUCUGUAUUGAGUGGAAGAACCAGCGGAAGCUGGCAAUAUUCAGUCCAGAAAACAACUCAUGGACAAUGGUACCCGUCCCAUUGACAGGGAGCUCGAGUGUUGGCUUUCGAUUCGGCGUACUAGACGGAAAGCUGUUACUAUUUCCAGUUGAAAAAGAACCUACUAAUCAAACACUGUUGUAUGAUCCAAAUGCCGCUUUGGGAUCAGAAUGGCAAACUUCAGACAUAAGGCCAUCUGGUAUGUGCUUGUGCAGUGUAACAAUCAAGGCAUGA